AUGGCCAACUUGAUUUUUUAUCCUCCAACAGAAGUUGGACUCUACUUGAAGUGUUCGAAGUUUCUUCCAAUUCCUUUCGAUGUAAGUGGUCUGCAAAGCCUACAAUCAUUCUUCUUGUCAUCAAACCUCUUGAAUGGGACUAUACCAUCAUGGAUAUUCUCCCUUCCUUCACUAGAUGAAUUAUACUUCAAUGAUAACUAUUUCAGUGGAGAAAUUCAGGAGUUCAAGUCCAAAACAUUGUGGGACGUUACUCUAAAACAAAAUCAGUUGCAAGGUCCUAUUCCGAUGUCACUCCUAAACCAACAGAGCCUAUCUUAUCUUCUCCUUUCGCAAAAUAAUCGCAGUGGACAAAUUGCUUCAGCUUCCUGCAGUCUAAAAGCCUUGACAGUGCUAGAUCUUGGAAGUAAUAAUUUGAAGGGAACAAUCCCACGAUGUUUGGGUGAGAUAAGUGGACUUUGGGUUUUUGAUCUAAGCAACAACAAUCUUAGUGGGGCAAUUAAUACAACUUUUAAUUUAGGUAACAAUGAGUUGAGUGACACAUUUCCAAAAUGGUUAGGAACCCUACCGAAUUUGAAGAUUUUAAGCUUGAGAUCAAAUAAGUUCCACGGGCCCAUUAAAACUUCAAGGGCUGGAAACUUGUUUGUACAUCUUCGAAUAAUUGAUCUAUCAUCCAAUGGAUUUAGUGGGAAUUUACCUAUGAGCCUUUUUGAGAAUUUGAAAGCUAUGAAGAUAAUUGAUGAGAUCACGAAAAUCCCACAGUAUGUGGGAGAAGACUUGUAUUAUUAUUAUCAUUUUUCUGAAACAAUUACAACAAAGGGGUUGGAUCUUGAAUUUCGUGGAGUUUUGACUACAAACAUAGUUAUCAAUCUCUCGAAGAAUAGAUUUGAAGGUUGUAUUCCAAGUUCCAUUGGAGAUCUCAUUGCACUUCGUACUUUGAAUUUAUCUCAUAAUGGUUUGGAGGGUGUGAUACCAACAUCGCUGCAAUACUUAUCUGUACUUGAAUCAUUAGAUUUCUCAUUCAACAAAAUAAGCGGAGAAAUUCCACAACAACUUGCAUCCCUCACAUUUCUUGCAGUCUUAAAUCUCUCUCACAAUCAUCUUGUUGGAUGCAUCCCUAGAGGAAAACAAUUUGAUACGUUUGAGAAUAGUUCAUACCAAGGGAAUGAUGAGUUACGUGGAUUGCCACUGUCAAAAGAUUGUGGCGAUGAUGAAGGGGUACCACAAGCAACAACUCCAUUUGGGCAAGGAGAAGAAGGAGACUCAUUAAUGAUCAGUUGGCAGCCAGUUCUCAUGGGUUAUGGUUGCGGUCUAAUUAUUGGAUUAUCCGAAUCUUCUGUUAUCAACGAAGAGCUGCGCGAUAAAGUGAAGUUGCUAGAAAAUAGGAUGCCAUUUACAAGUGUCAAGCGCGAACAUUGA